UCACUUACUUCUCUGUCAGGAGACCGGUGAACGUGCUUUCGUUUUCCUUUUCUGUUUACUUUCGAAGAUGAAAGCCGGUUUCGUGGAUGUCAUUUCUGCUACUUGAGUUCACUUACAGGAAAUCUUUUCUCAAGCCCCUGUUUGGAUGGCUUUCUCAUAAAUAGCGCUUCUUUAAACCCCCCUUCGACGCCACCGGGUCUCAUACGAAACAUGAGCGGAGGGGGACUGAAGUUCUUUCGUCUGCGCCGUGUGCUCAAAGGCACUCUGGUAACUGCCGCAUUAGGAGGUACACUGUACACAUUACAUCGCAAUGAAUGGGAUGUCAGUAGCAUCGGAGCCGUGCGGAUUGCUCGUGCGGCAUUUACUGUUAGCCGAAUUGCCCUCGAUUAUAAAAUAUCAACCAUAGGCAUCCAUAAGGACUCUGAAGAAUAUGCAGAGAAAAGAUCUCAGGUUCACCAACGUUCAGCAGAGCGACUGCUCCACUUGUGCUCUGUAAACGGGGGUGUAUAUAUCAAAGUGGGACAACAUGUUGGGGCAUUGGACUAUCUUCUGCCUCCUGAGUACACAAAGACCUUGAGUGUACUUCACAGUCGUGCCCCGGCAUCAUCCAUGGAGGACGUUCUCCGUGUCCUCCGUGAAGACUUGCACGCUGAACCAUCUGAAGUAUUUUCAAGCAUAUCAGAACGUCCUAUUGGGGCUGCGUCGCUGGCUCAAGUGCACCAAGUUACUCUGAAGGAAACUGGAGAAAAACUAGCUGUAAAAGUUCAACAUCGUCGGGUCCAACCGCACUCAAGAGUGGACAUGGCCACAAUGGAGCUUUUGGUGAACAUAGUAGCGAAAGUAUUUCCAGAGUUCACACUGAUGUGGUUGGCAGACGAGACAAAACGCAAUCUCCCUGUUGAGCUGGACUUCAUCCAUGAAGGUCAUAACACUGAGCGUGUGAAAAAUAUGUUUAAACACUUCAAAUGGUUAAAGGUUCCUGAUGUAAGAUGGGAUUUAACGAGUAAGAGGGUGCUGACCAUGGAAUUUUGCGAAGGUGGACAAGUUAACGACAAAGAGUACCUCACGAAGCAAAACAUAUCUGCUUCUCAGGUCUCUGAACGCCUUGGCAAGCUGUACAGUGAAAUGAUCUUUGUGCAUGGCUAUGUUCAUUGUGAUCCACACCCUGGGAACCUUUUGAUCCAGCCGGGGUCAGAUGGGCCUACCCUCGUUCUUCUUGACCAUGGCCUCUACACGGAGCUGACCAAUAAAUUCCGCCUCCAGUAUGCUCGGCUUUGGCUGGCACUGCUGAGAGCGGAUGUAAAUACUCUAAAGGUUGUUGGAGGUGAGCUGGGUGUUCGUGGAGACCUCUACAAGAUCCUGAUGUGCAUCAUUAGUGGCCGUUCAUGGACAGCCGUGUCAGAAGGCAUCGAUAAGCGCAAAACAUCUGCAAAGGAGGGCCAAGAAAUCCGGGACUUUGCCAGCGAGCAUUUCACUACGAUCUCUCAGAUCCUGAACAUGGUUCCCCGAGAAAUGUUACUCAUUUUUAAGACCAACGACCUGCUUAGAGGUAUAGAGACCAUGCUAGGUACCCGUGGAGCGUCGAAGUCUUUCAUGACUAUGUCACGUUGCUGCAUCCGUGCUGUGUACGAUGAACAAUUGCGGCUGUGCAGCAACAUGUGGUGCAAAUUUAACGUUCAGUUGCGAUCUUUUCUCACGGGAUGGUCCCUCACUGCGUAUGAAAUGUACUGUUGGAUGCGUAGUACCAGGCUCGCUACAGUAUUGCUAGGCUGCCAUGUGGCACCUUGAUUGUCAUGGUUCUGAUUAAUCUAUGGAGACCUGAAUGUGCUGUAAUUUAUCUUCUCUGACAUUUUUGUACACAUUAGGUGAUGCAUUCGGCCAACGCUAUUUUUUUACCGUGAGUAGUAUGGCUGUCGUGAACAGUCGUGGGAUGGCACCACACAACGAUACAUUACUGUUACGGGAAACAAUACGUUUUGCAACCCUUGCCCUAUGGGGUGGGUGCAGUAGUGUACUGUUGGAUGUAUAUUGCACUAUGCCUACCAGAAGAUGACCAGGUUGAUUAGAGCUACAGCCCCAAGCAGAAUUUAUAGAAGUUGUAUCCCAACAUAAUCCAUAAAAUUAUGUAAUAACACUUCAUAAAACUUAUUGGUGAUGAGAGGGCAAUGCUGCUCAACAUUGUUGCUUGCAGUGUGCUCAUACAAACGGCGUGAAAUAUAUAAAGCUACGGUGUAUAGCCCACUCAUUUUGUUAAGUGUAGUAAUUGUACUUAUACAAACUCUCAUGGGAGCAAUGCCAGUUCCUUCAGCUUUCCACCUGGAAUGGGCGUGUAGUUCCCAGCUGCAGGUUUCCUAAUGCAUGACACCCCACCUUGAAGAAUGCUGGUCAUUAGUCCAUCAUGUCAGCAUACUGGUGGAGAAUGUCUUCCACGUUUAAUUUUCAGAUCACAGAGCUUUUAAACCAGCAUUGCUGCUUAAACUGAAAAAGAAUGAACAACGAACAUGCCCCAUCCUGUGACAUGAAGUGCAUGAACCAAAGCUGCCACACAGGAGGCAAACCCACAAUACAGUAAUAGUAUAAUAAAUAUUUCAUAAUAGG